AUGAUUAUUAAUGUGUUGGUGAAUUCUCCCCGGGGAAGUUUGUUUCUUGAGUCCAUUGAUGCUAGCGACUCAUCCACUGACCACAUCAAAAUGUUCACCUUGUUUCAGAACACCAUCGAAAAGAUUGGUCCAAGCAAAGUUGUUCAAGUGGUCACUGAUAAUGCAAGUGAAAAUGUGAAAGCGGGUGGCAUGAUUGAAGGAGCUAUCCACUUGCAAAAAGACAAUUUAAGAAAGAUGGUCACUUCAGAGGAAUGGAGCAAGAGUAAAUUUGCAAAGGAAAGUGCGGGGAAAGAGGUUGCACGCAUUAUUUCUUAUUCUUUUUGGAAUAAUGUCCUUCAUACUCUUAAAAUUGGUUGCCCUUUGGUUAAAGUACUCCGUUUGGUGGAUGGGGAGAAAAAACCACCAAUGAACUACCUCUAUGAAGCUAUGAAUAGGGCCAAGGAGGCUAUUCAAGCAUCAUUCAGUGAUGAGCAGAAAUAUGCAAAGUUGACCCCAGAUGAAGACUUGCAAGAAAAGAUAGUAGAUCAGCUUGCUACUUACAAGGCAGCUGAAGGACCUUUUAAGCUCCGACUUGCUAUUAAACAAAGAACGACAAAGUCGCCAGAGACUCCGGAGUUACAGGCUUUCGCCAUCAAAGUUCUAAGCUUAACUUGUAGCUCAUUCGGAUGUGAAAGGAACUGGAGUGUUUUUGAACACAUUCAUACAAAGAAGAGGAAUCGACUAACAUUGAAGCGCCUCCAUAAUCUAGUGUUCAUAAAAUACAAUAGAGCAUUGGGGCGUCGCUACAACCACCGCAAUAUAAUAGAUCCAAUUCUUUUGGAUAAUAUUGAUGAGGCUAAUGAGUGGCUAACCGGAGUCCCCGAAAAUUGUGAAGAUGAAGAAGUAUUUGAAGGCGACUCCGAUUUCACUUGGGGUGAUGUUGCG